AUGUCAAGGGUUCAAACAGCAAAGAGUUAAUAAAAUAUACGUUCAAUUGAGGAAGAGUUAGAACAUUAAAUAAAAAAAUCAGGACUUCUUGAUGCUGAUAGAAAGAAUUUUUAUAAUAAUGCUGAAGAGACUAAGCGUAAGAACAAUGAAAUCAUUGAACAAUUAAAAAAAGAGAAUAGGGAUUUAAAGAAACUGUAAGAUGAAUUAAUUGCAAAUAAAAGAGUAUAAGAGUUUGCAAAUAGUAGGGUGCAAGUGCUUCUUUAGCAAAGACAUAAGGGGCAUUCAUAUCUUGGUCUGGAGACAUAAAAGAUGAGAAUUAUUGGAGACGUAAAUUAGAUGAUGCCAAACACUUAACAAAAGCAAAAAAAGAAAGAUUGAUUCAAUUACAGGAUAAAUUGAAUGAAGUAAGUGACACUAAAUUUGGAGUCCCAGAAGAAUCACCUUUGAUGAGAUAAAUUCGAAUUUUGGAAAAUAACUUAGAUAAAGUGAUGAUAAAAUAUAAUGAAGCAUAAUCAAUUAGAAAAACAUAUGAAUAAAUAGUAAAGAGAUUGAAAGAAGAAAGAGUUGGAUAUGAUAAUUAAUUAGCAGCUAUUGAAAGAUCAUUAAAAGGAAAGGAACAUGAUUAUGAAGAAUUAUUGUUAUUGGCUCAUGAUGCAACACAUGCAAAAGAGUUGGCUUAAGCUGAGUUAAAGAAAUAUGAACAUAAGAAAGCAGCAGUGAGAGAAUUAAGAAAGACAUAUUUAGAUGCAAAGAGAAAAGCAAUUGAAGAGAGAGAAAAAGUGAUAUAGAAGUUGGAGAAAAGAGAAAAGGAUAAUGUUUAAACUUAAGUAGAAUAUAAUACUUCAAAUAUUCCUAUUCAAGAGUCAUCUAAUCCUAAUGUGGAUACAAAUAUAUAGAAAUAAAAGUUGGCUGAUUAUGAGGAAGCAUUUCAUAAGUUAAAAGAAGCUACUGGAUUUAGAGAUGUUAAUGAUAUCAUUUAAAAGUUUACAAGUUAAGAUGAGACUAGCAAAUCUUUGAGUGAUCUUAAAGGAGAAUAUUAAGAUAAAAUAGAAUAAUUAGUAACUGAAAGAUAGAAAUUGAGAGAUCAUUUAAAUGAUUUAAAGUAUGAAGGAGGAGAAGCUUUAACAAGAAAAUAAAUUGAUGAAGUAAAUAAAAUAUUUUAUUAUUAUUAGAUAGAAAACAAUGUUAAUAAUGCUAUUAAUAAAUGUGAAAGAACUAAAUUAAAAUAUGAGAGAGUUUAAAAGAUAUUAGUUAAUGUAAAGGCUGGUAUUGAACAUUUGUAUGAGAAAUUGGAAUUCUUUAAAUUAGAAGGAAAACCUAAUAUUGUUAUAUCUGAUGAAACAUUAGUUGAUGGUUUAUCUUAGGUUGUUGAAAAAAUGAAACUCGUUUUAUAAUUGAUUAAGAAUGAUGCAUCCUAUCGUGCAUAAGAUUUUAAAUAAACUUGGAAAGAUUUCAAUAAAGAACAUAUUGAUUAAUUCAUUAAUUUGAAUUUAAGAGAUAACAGUUUAUAUUUGUAUUAUUAAUUAUAGACAUUAAACCAGAAAAUGUUAGUAGAAAUAUUAGAGUUAGAAUUUAAGAUAAAGAAGAUGAUGAUGUUAGUGAUGGUGAAAUUGAAGAUGAUAUUGAUUAAGAAGUAACAGCCAAAUUAAAAUAAAAAUAUGGAGCUUAAGCUAAAGAUAAGAAUGCUAAGAAGUUAAAUAAACCAAAUAAAAAAUGAUUAUUAUUAUUCAUAAUGUCUAAAUAGUAUAAUCUUAUUUAUAAUUUCAAUGAAAUUAUUUCAGCUUAAUAAUCUAUGUUUAAGCUAUAGAAGAUUAAAAUAGAUUUGGGCUGAAAUUUGAAAAUAAAAAGAAUAAGAGGAAUAAAAAGGAUCAAUUCUCUUAUCAAAUUACUAAACAUAAAAUUCUAAUACAUUUAGAAAUCAUAAUUUUUUGUAAGGCAAAAAAAGAUCUGAAGAAAAUGGAAUUUACAUUUCAAGUAAGGAAUAUCCAUUUAAAAAAAGAAAAGGUAAAUGCCAUAAAUUUAAUAUUAAUUUGAGAUAUUAUUAAAUAAAUUAGCAAUUGAUUGAAUUAAAAUAAGAAUAAACUACAAUCUAAAAAUAAAUGGAUUUAGAAUCCAAAGUCCAAUAUUCAUUUUUAGAGAUUUACCAAUUUACUAAGACUUUAUUGAAAAUUGUAUUUCACAACUAAACAAAGUGA